AUGAAGGAAAGAUGUUCUGAUAUGAUAUUAAAUUUACUUUGGGGUUGCUGAAGAUCACACUGAUGUUCAAGAAUAUACAGAGUUAAGUUUUAGCGGCUUGAAUGUUGGGGGAGGGAAUGGAAGAAGGAUGGGUUGUUCGUCUGCUUAGCAAGUGCAGAAACCUGAAAUCCACGAAGCAAAUCCACUGUCACAUCGUGAAAACCGGUCUUCACGCAGACCCCUUUGUGUUUGGCAAACUCCUCCUUCACUGUGCCGUUUCCAUCUCCGAUGCUCUCCAUUACUCUCUCAGGCUCUUCCACCACUUCCCCAAUCCUGACACCUUCAUGCACAAUACCCUCAUUCGCGGACUCUCUUUCUCCCAAACCCCUCUCCUUUCCCUCCACCCAUUCAUCCAACUGCGUCGCCAACCCACCCUCUCCCCCGACAGCUUCUCUUUCGCCUUCGUCCUCAAAGGGGUCGCCGACUCUCGCCAACUUAGGCCCGGCAUUCAGCUGCAUUCUCAAGCUUUUCACCACGGCUUUGACACCCAUAUCUUCGUUGGGACAACGUUGAUCAGCAUGUACGCUGAAUGCGGGGACUCCCUCUCCGCGCGACGAGUGUUCGAUGAAAUGUAUGAACCAAACGUCGUCGCAUGGAACGCUGCUAUCACUGCGGCUUUCAGGUGUGGUGACGUGGAAGGCGCAGGGGACGUGUUUGGGCGAAUGCCUGUUCGGAAUUUGACCUCGUGGAAUGCCAUGCUUGCUGGUUAUGCCAAGGCAGGUGAGCUUGGGUUGGCGAGGAGAGUUUUUUGUGAUAUGCCUCUUAGAGAUGAGGUUUCUUGGAGCACUAUGAUUAUUGGGUUUUCUCAUAAUGGUUGUUUUGACGAGGCUUUUGGGUUUUUCAGGGAGUUGCUGGGCGAGGGAAUUGGGACAAAUGAAGUGAGCCUCACUGGGGUGCUGUCUGCUUGUGCACAGGCUGGGGCGUUUGAGUUUGGUAAGAUUUUACAUGGGUUUCUGGAGAAAGCUGGGUUUCUUUAUGUUGGUUCUGUGAAUAAUGCUCUCAUAGAUACCUACUCCAAGUGUGGGAAUGUAGCUAUGGCUAGGUUGGUUUUUCAGAAUAUGCCAGUGGCAAGGAGCAUUGUUUCUUGGACAUCGAUAAUAGCAGGGCUUGCUAUGCAUGGUUAUGGAGAAGAGGCAAUACAGCUUUUCCAUGAGAUGGAAGAGACUGGAGUUAGGCCAGAUGGUAUUACUUUUAUAUCACUACUAUAUGCUUGUAGCCAUAGUGGCUUGGUUGAGGAAGGGUAUGGUUUUUUUUCUAAGAUGAAGAAUGUGUACGGUAUUGAACCUGCCAUUGAGCAUUAUGGUUGCAUGGUUGAUCUGUACGGUCGAGCUGCUAGGUUGCAUAAGGCCUAUGAAUUUAUAUGUGAAAUGCCAGUUUCUCCUAAUGCUAUCAUUUGGAGGACACUCCUUGGGGCUUGUAGCAUUCAUGGUAAUAUUGAAUUGGCAGAGCUUGUGAAAGCAAGGCUGGCUGAAAUGGACCCAGACAACUCUGGUGACCAUGUACUACUCUCAAAUGUUUAUGCCGUUGCAGGGAAAUGGAAGGAUGUUGCCAGCAUCAGAAGAACCAUGACUGAGCAUAGCAUGAAAAAAGCUCCUGGUUGGAGCAUGAUAGAAAUUGACAAGGUCAUCUAUUGUUUUGUGGCAGGUGAAAAACCUAAUGAGGUCACAAAAGAGGCUCAUGAAAAACUGAGGGAAAUAAUGUUGAGACUCAGAGUAGAAGCAGGUUAUGCGCCACAGCUAAGGAUUGUUCUGCAUGACAUUGAAGAGGAAGAAAAAGAAGAUUCAGUUUCUAAGCACAGUGAGAAGCUUGCUGCAGCUUUUGGAAUAGCAAAACUUCCCAAAGGAAGGAUUUUAAGAAUUGUGAAGAAUCUUAGGGUUUGUGGGGACUGCCAUACCGUGAUGAAGCUGAUUUCUAAAAUUUAUGGAGUAGAAAUCGUAGUGAGAGAUAGAAGCCGCUUCCACUCGUUCAAAGAUGGAUUCUGUUCUUGCAGAGAUUACUGGUGACAGGUGAUUGAUCAAGUAGCUUAUCUUGACUGGCUUUGUUUAUGAGGAAAAUACACAAUUUCUUGAUUUUCUCCAAAUUGGCUGAUCUAGAUAGCUCAAUGCUGAUGACAUGACAGCAAUUUGGCGUACAUGAUGUGUGAGGCAUGUUGGUCUAAUAUAAUGGCUACUAGAGAAGCAUCUAGCUAUUCUGUCUAGUGGUUUUUCCUCCCUUACUGGAGAAGUAUGGUGAAAUGGUUAAUGCCCAUUAAAUGAGAAGAAAGCCAAUAACUACUGUUUUUUCUACCAUCAUUCCUCUAGAGUACAAGACACCUGUUGGAAGACAAAAAGAGACAAGUGAAAAGGAUGAAUCAACAAAAGCCAUACAAACUAGUGAGGAGCAGCGCUUAAUUGAGUUAUUCAGAAUACAACGAUUACGGUAACAACAAAACCCUCACGGAGACAAAUAAACAUGGAAUGUUUCAAUCCGUUGAUGAACAAGCUGCUUAGGGCCUCCCAAAUAGCAUGCCACUUGGAUUUUCCGGAAACAUCAAUUCUUUAUUAUGAUAAUGAUAGCCAUACACUUGCUCCUUGUUCCCGUGCACCUACCUCAAACCAAAAUUUGACGGGAACAUCAAAUGGUCUCUCCAACAGGUCAUGGGAAUUGGAGUUCAGUGGCAAUGAUUGUGGAUAGAAUAUAACAGAGAACAUUGCCAGGUCCAUUAUCAAUGACAAUUCUUUGCUGAAGUAGCUAGGCAGUUGUUGUAGUAGCAGAACUUGGUCUCUUGGUGACUAUGGCGGAUCGAACGGUCUCUUGUUGGGAGAGACUAGUUGUAGCUUUGGUAGUAACAUUUUAAAUGGAAAGAUGUUGGCUCAGUUCAUUGCAUCGGCUUUGUGAAUAUAGUCCCAUGGCACCCUUAAUGCAUCAAAUGCAAGAAGACGAGAUAAUAAGAGUGUUCCUCUCCAUAUGAAUUUGGUAAAAUUCUUUUUAAUGGCUGGUGAUUAUGCUUAAUAUCUUUUUUUUUCCCUUUGGUUGGCGCUUAUGGUUGUAUUGACAUAAUCGAAUCAUCCAUUACCGACAAAGUUUGACACAGUUGGUAAAUAGUUAGGUUUUUAAGAAUGCUGAUUGGGUUUAAUUAGUCCUCUGUAUGAAAAAUCUUUUGUUGCAAGAAGAAAAAACCUGUUUUGACUAUCUUUAUACUAUAUGGUUAUUAGCUGUAAGUGUUCGUUGAUGGAAGCAAAAAUAAAGCCAUCGACUAAUUAAUAUUUUGUUUUUGUUCUUUAAAAGAAAUUGUGGAUAAGAAAGGGCCCA